AAAAAAUUUGUGCGGAUAUGGUCAAGCUGUGUCCAAAACCAAACCCAAAUCUCAUCAAGUCUUUUAUAUAAUUCACAUCUAAUCUUGUGAAAAUCCAAAGACAGAUCUUGAACAAACAUGCUUGGAGUUUGGCAUUAUCUCAAGAAGUCUCUUAGCUGCUGCAAUGCUCAGAAGUCAUGUGACGCUGGUGAUCCAGACAAGAACCUAAUCCAGAAGAUGAAGAAUCCAUCGGGUUUCUCGAGAUCAAUGUCUAAUGUGAGGAAUGAGUUUGUCACUUAUGGGGAUGAGGGGGCUAUGCAGAAUCCAAGCUUCCGUAGCUCAAGGUCUCUGGAGAGCUCCAAGUUUAUAAACACAACGAAACUAGCAUCUUCUUCAGAUAUACUUUCAGGUCGUUAUUCCUCUGAGAGAUUUGAUGUUAUUGGCUCUGACAUCUGCGGUUUUGGAGUUCUCUCUUGUAGAACAUGUCACCAGAGAUUUAGAGAUCUUUAUGCGUUUGAGACUCAUUACCUUUCUAAUCACUCUGUCACUAGGCUCUUAGAAGGAGACUUCUCAAGAAAAACUGUAGAGUUAAUCUGCAACAGAGGCUACUCACACAAGCUUGUCAAAACUAAAGGGAACAACAUUUCAGCGAUUCUAAAAGUCGAGAACCUGCAGAGAGUCGUUGCAGAGUUUGAAAACUACAGAGAACUCGUGAAAAUAAGAGCAACCAAGCUUUCGAAGAAACACGCUCGCUGUAUGGCUGAUGGGAACGAGUUUCUUGGGUUCUACGGCACAACUCUUACUUGCUCCCUUGGUUUAAGCAAAACCAGCUCUUCAAACCUCUGUUUCUCGGAUCAGUGUGGAGUUUGUCAGAUACUAAGACAUGGGUUCGUUUCUAAAACAAGACAAGAUGGGAUCAAAGGAGUGCUCACUGCAUCAACCUGCUCUACGUCUCUUGAAUGUAUCGAAAUGGAACGGGGAAGAAGCAGCGGUGCAGUGAGAGCUGUUGUGCUGUGUAGAGUUAUCGCAGGGAGAGUUCACAAACCUAUGAAGAAGUUUGAAGAUGCUAAUGGCUUUUCUGAGUUUGAUUCAUUGGCGUUAAAAGUAGGACCUAAUGCUAUACUUGAAGAGCUUUAUCUAUUGAGUACUAAAGCUCUGUUACCUUGUUUUGUUAUAAUCUUCAAGCCUCGAAACAACACCUCAUAA